CGAGGCGGCUGCGGGCAAUGAAGGCACCGGCGCAGGAUCUGAAAAUGGAGUGCGACAUCCUGGACUCGCUCGAGGCUCUGGGGUACAAAGGCCCUCUUUUGGACGAAGAUGCCCUUAAUAAAGCAGCCGAGAGUGGUCUGGCUUCACAAGACUUCUGCGAUCUUUGUGUUUGGUUAAGUUCCCAAAUACAGCCGUUGUGUGACUUGGAAGAAAGCAUCUCCUCAACAGCUGGUGGUGAAGACGUUGAAAGUUUACAGCUUGAGAUGAGCGGCUUUUUAAAAGAGCUAGCUUGUCCAUAUUCAACACUUGUGUCUGGAGAAAUUAAAGAGCGGUUAAAAAAGAAAGAAGAUUGUCUUAAAGUCCUAUUAUUUUUAAGCACAGAACUUCAGGCUUUGCAGAUACUGAAAUUGAAAGAACGUAAAAGUUCUCAUUUGACGAAGAAUAAUGACAUCCACCAAGAAAUCCAAAUGAUCUGCGACGUCCUGGGUCUACCAAAGUCAUCACCUUCAUCUUCUGAUAUUCCGGUCUUAUUAAGCAAUAUAGAGUCAAAGGUUAAGGACAUUUUAUCAAAAAUUCCAAACACUUAUGUGGGCAAAUCUCUGCUUAAAACUCCUUUGAAUUCAGAACAAACGGGAAGGUUGGAAAAAAUAAACGAGACUCUUCUUGGUGAAUAUGAAUGCCGGCGUCGUAUGUUAAUGAAGCGCUUAGACGUAACUGUACAGUCCUUUGGUUGGUCCGAUAGAGCAAAGGUGAAAACAGAUGACAUUGCAAGGAUUUAUCAACCCAAACGUUAUGGACUCACUGCUAAAUCAACUAUUUCAUUAGCCCAUCUUCUAGCAGCUCGUGAAGACUUGUCGAAGAUCAUAAGAACGAGCAGUGGAUCAUCACGAGAAAAGACCAUUUGCUCCAUCAAUAAGGUCUUGAUGGGAAGAGUACCGGAUCGUGGAGGCAGAUCAACAGAAAUUGAUCCACCACCACCUGAAAUGCCCCCUUGGCAGAAGAGGCAAGAUGGUGGUGGUAGAGGUGGAAGAGGAGGUCGAGGAGGAGGGGGUGGCGGCUGGGGGGGAGGGGGGUGGGGUAGGGGAGGAGGAGGGGGUGGAGGUUGGAGAGGAGGAGGGGGUUUUCAAGGGAGGGGAGGAGGCUACGGUGGGAGAGGUGGGUAUGGUGAGUCAUAUGGUAGAAGGGGAGGGGGAGGAGGCUACAGGAGAUACUGAUACCACUAAAUGUUAACUGACACAAACGGUUCAUUGAGAGUCUGGGAUAAAUUAUA